ACAGUUACAUAUUAUUGGCAUCUAUAAAAGGAAAGACAAUGAGUAGUUGAUGGGCGUAGAAGAAAUUGAGUUAAAUAAAGUAAUGAUGAACCAGCAGGAAGAGGAGAUGAGCAGCCGUAAGAAUAAGCAAGGCGACGAAGACGAAGAUGAUCAUGAAAACGACAUGGUGAUGCCAGGCUUUAGAUUUCAUCCAACGGAGGAAGAGCUUGUUGAGUUCUACCUUCGCCGUAAGGUAGAGGGCAAGAGAUUCAAUGUUGAACUUAUCACUUUUCUUGAUCUUUAUCGUUAUGAUCCUUGGGAGCUUCCUGCAUUGGCAGCAAUUGGGGAAAAAGAAUGGUUUUUCUAUGUUCCACGGGAUAGAAAGUACCGAAAUGGGGAUCGCCCAAACCGUGUGACAACUUCAGGCUAUUGGAAAGCCACAGGAGCCGAUAGAAUGAUACGAACAGAAAAUUUCAGGUCCAUCGGGUUAAAGAAAACACUCGUUUUUUACUCCGGAAAGGCUCCUAAAGGCAUUCGAACAAGUUGGAUCAUGAACGAGUAUCGCUUGCCUCAACAUGAAACUGAAAGAUUACAAAAGGCUGAGAUUUCACUUUGUAGGGUUUACAAACGGCCUGGAGUGGAAGACCACCCAUCUGUCCCUCGCACUCUACCAACAACUAGGGCUACAUCAUCAAGACUAUCUAAUGCUGAUAAGAGACAACAUUCCAACAACUUGUUGAGUUUCCACUCCAUUGAAGGCCAAAGUUCAAAUCAAAAUGAUGAUAAGUUGAGUGAAACAAGUGGUAGUAGCACUACUGACAUCGUAGGAACCAACCUGGGCCUUUCAAGCACCAUAACUCCGUCUUAUAGUAACUAUGUUACUUCAUUUCCGACCAUCUCCGCCACGCUGCCACCGCAUACAUCAUCAUCAGUCCCCCCCACCAACCCGUCCCCCGGCAUAUUCCCCAACACUGUGGAUGACCUCCAAAGAAUCAUAAGCUAUCAACAAGCUUCGGUCAAUAAUCUAGCCUCUCAAGCUUUUCACAUUCAGAAUUAUCAACAUAAACUUUCUAAUAAUAUGGUUUUACAACCGCAAAUACAACCGCAGUUGCAGCAACAACAAUCGCUUCUUGCGCUGAAUAACUUGGCCGGAGAGGUUCAAGUGAAUUUCCCGGAUAGGCUAUGGGAAUGGAAUCCGAUGCCGGGAGAAGGAAGCAAGGAUUACACCAACCCUUUCAAGUAGUUAUUUUUAGGAGAAUCAUUCUAUAUUUGAGAGGAAUAUAUUUAAGCUAAUUGCAUGUACUUGUAGCAUGGCUUAGCUGACAAAUUAGUACCAAUACAUAAUAUAGUGUAAAAGACAGAUUUGGCAUCCUAGGGUUUAGAAAUUUAGUGUUAUACAUUUGCCUCCACCACCCCAUUUGUAAUUUGUAUUAUAGCUAUUAGCUAAUUAAUUAUACUCUACAUAAAAUUA